GCGUCACAUUCUUCCACAUGGCCCACCAAGAGCAGUAUUUCAAGCACAAGGAUGGUGAAUACGUCCCUGCGUCCAAACCUAAAAAUCACCCUCAAAAAUUGGGAGAUAUUGUUGUCCAAAUGAUAAAAGUGAUAGUGAUGUUUGUUCCCACAUUAGUUUUAGAGUGGUACAAGUUACUGUUCGGCAAGAAAAAAUCUAUCAAGGGACAGAUCGCAUUGGUGACCGGUGGCGGAAAUGGGCUCGGAAAAGCGCUGUGUCUUCGAUUGGCCAGAGAAGGUUGUAAGGUCGCGGUCGCGGAUAUCGAUUUAAUCGGUGCUCAGCGAACGGCGGCAGAAAUUCGUGAACUUGGGCUCAAAUCGGCAGCGUUCAAGGUUGACGUUGGAGAUCAACGGUCCAUUGAGCAGCUAAAGAUUGAGGUGGAAGCAGCGUUAGGCCCGGUGGAUAUUUUGGUGAACAACGCCGGACUGCUGGCUAUGCUGUCACUGUCGGAAGGAACUACACAGGAUGUUCAACGAAUCGUUGAUGUGAACUUUACUUCGCACAUUUGGGCGAUCCGUGCCUUCAAGGAUGGUAUGAUGGAACGCCGCCGGGGACAUAUCGUCGCAGUUUCAUCUACGUUCGGCAUAGUUCCAUUCGGUCGGACAGUAUGCUACAGCGCUACAAAAUUCGGAGUUCGUGGCCUCAUGGAAGGUCUCAACGAAGAGUUCUACAUGAACGGUUACGCCAACGAUAUAUUCGUCACCUGUGUAUACCCAGGAUUUGUGGCUACCAGGAAGGAGUUUAUGGAGUAUCUCGUACAGCUUGGAUGUCGGGUGCCGAUUCACACACCGGAUGAGGUAGCAGAUGUUGCAAUUGAAGCCGUUUUACGAAACCGAUGCGAAGUCAUUACUUCGCCCCUGUACAUGCAGAUCAUGAUCAAGCUCUAUGCGCUGAUGCCGAACACGGUGACUCGGUUGCUGGUUGGAAUGUUUAUCGACAAGGUGCCACAGUUGACGGUUAGGAAGGAGGGCUGAUGUCGACUGAAAUAGGCACGCUCCGUUACAGAUCAGUUUUUUUUUCAAAGAAAAUUUAAAAAUUGCCAGAAAACGGCUUGUGGUUAGUGGUUACAAGUUACAAGUGGUUACAAUUCCUAAAUAUGAAAUUUAAAAAAUAACUGAAAACUUCCAUAACCAAAAAUGGAAAUUGUUCAAAAAUAAUGAAGCAUUAGUACCGAAAUUGCAGAGGAAAAAAUAGUAAAUAAGUCAAAAUGAGCAAUCAAUAAUUUCAAAAUUUUCCACAAACUUCUUUCCUUAGAAAAAUGUUUAUGUACAAUGUGCUCUAUAUUCUAGCCUUUUCAUAAUUUCUUAUAGAAUUUUUACCAUACAUUUUAAUUUUCAUGUGUAUUUCCGACACGAAUGCACCCUUCUGGUGUAACGUGUCGUAAAUACACAAACAAACAAACAAACAAUUUUCAUGUGAAACACUAUUUAUCUUGAGAAUUCUUUAUUGUUGCUUGACUUAAUUUAUCGUGAAAAUUAGAAUUUUUCUAUGAAAAAUUGCUAUCUUUUGACGAUUUUUUUUAAAUAUAAAUUUGACCAUGCAAAAUUACUUGCUUUUUCGUACAUGGAAAAUUAUGUUAUGACAAAAACAUUUAGUAAUUGUUUUAGCCUUAUUUUCUGACAAAUUUUUGAUUUACUAUAGAAAAUUGACAAACCCUUCAUUUUGUUUUAAUUUACAGAACGAAUGCAAUCUAGCAUUAGAUGUUUUUUUAUAAACGAACAAUUAUUUAAUAGGCCCAAUACAGUCACCUCUUUUCAUCUCGAUAUUGAACGGAUCAUCGAGAUAAGAAGAGAACGAGGAAUGGAAGGAAAAUUGAAAUGACUACUAGAUCGAGAAAAGCUCGUUGCUAUGAAAAACGACAACAAAUGUCAAAUCUUGUUUUUUAUGUGUUUGCUAUCUAGGAUAGGAUGUGAUAAUUGAAUUGCGACUGCCUUGUUGUUUCCUCAGUCGAUUGCUUCGACGAGGUGGUGGCCAGUGCUUCCGAUUUUUUUUUUUGGCGAAAUCCGCCAAAUAAUACUUGUAAAAAAAUAAUCUUUUCUCGUUCAUUUCUUUCAUUAUUCGUAAUAAAAGAUGUUACGUACUAUGAAAAAAAAAAGUUUUUACAUGGAAUUAUAUGAGUUUUACAGUGAAAUGGGUAAAAAGUUGGUUAAUAAUGCUUCUAAUCGAGAGUUUUAAAUAAGCAUAACCCUUGAGAAUCAUACAUGCAUCAUUUGCAGUCGGCCACGGCAACACGGCCAAGUUAACAACAAACUACCCUUUUGAAAAUGUGAUACCACCGAUCGAAGUAAUCGAUUUGUAACCGUUCGUCAAAGCUCUGAAUGAAUUGCCGCAAACUCAGUGACUUAUGCGCCACUCUCAACGUUGAGAGACCACUGGUCGUGUUAUAAUAAGUUGCCCGACUUAGCUUUAGGAAGCAUGAGCGCAAUCUAAAAGGGGUUUUAGAACGGUUCCAAAGCUAGACAACGAAAAUUCAGAGGUGAAGUUUCCUGAGGUGAACGCACCGAAGCAGUAAAGUGAACGUAGGCAAAACGUACUCUAUCUGUAGCGCAAGAAACGAAAACUCAGCACA